AGGGAAGAAGUCAAUUUCAACUGCGUCACAAUCGAAUUCGGCCUCAAAAUUGCUUUUUUGCUGAACCAGUCACUACGAAUCUUAGAUCGCAUCUGUAGACUUUGCCUUUUAAGCAAUUUUGAAGGUUAUUUUGACCGAGAGCCUCUCAAUGCGCAUGCGCCGUCCCGCUUCUACCAACCCGGGGUUUGAAUUCUCUCGGAGAAAGACAGGCCGGCCACGAGGAAAAAGAAACAAGCCGCAGCAACAUCUAAGCCCUUGAAAGGAUCCUGAGAGGGGGGAAAGGGAAAAGAGCAGCCACCAGCCCAACCACUUGUGUCUUCUGUCCCUUCCCACCUAUCUUGCCCACCCCACCAGCCCACGCUGCUUGGGACUUGAAAUCCGUGACCGAAGGACCGUCACCACAUAACUUCAAAAAUAAUCAACCACCCUCCCUUCCCAAACCCACCCAAAUUCACUCAUCCAGCGGUUACUUUUUUGAAUCCACUCAGAACUUUUUUUCUACGACCCCCCUCCCUAAAUGGAGUUGGGUGGGGGGGACUAUGAAUACUGAAUUGGCCUUUAUUUUUUUUAAGAGACUUUUUGAUCCAAUGAGGCCCCCCAAAUAAUUGAGUUUUGGGUCCUGGUUGGUUGUUUUAUUUUUUUUUCUCCAAAAUCUUAACCCCCUCCCCCCCUGAGCCCGAGGUGCUGACGUCGCAAAAAAAUUGGAUAAAACCUCGAUCAUGGGUUCGGGUCCCAUAGACCCUAAAGAGCUUCUCAAGGGCCUCGAUAGCUUUCUUAACCGAGAUGGGGAAGUCAAGAGUGUGGAUGGGAUUGCCAAGAUCUUCAGUCUGAUGAAGGAAGCACGAAAGAUGGUGAGUCGCUGCACUUACUUGAACAUUCUCCUGCAAACCCGUUCACCAGAAAUAUUGGUCAAAUUUAUUGAUGUUGGUGGCUACAAGCUUCUUAACAAUUGGCUAACAUACUCAAAGACAACCAACAACAUUCCCCUCUUGCAGCAAAUUCUGCUGACCUUGCAGCACCUUCCGCUCACUGUGGACCAUCUCAAGCAGAACAACACAGCCAAACUGGUGAAGCAACUGAGCAAGUCAAGUGAGGAUGAAGAACUUCGGAAACUGGCCUCAGUCCUUGUCAGUGACUGGAUGGCUGUCAUUCGCUCCCAGAGCAGCACCCAGCCUGCUGAGAAAGACAAGAAAAAACGUAAAGAAGAGGGAAAGAGUCGAACAACCCCUCCUGAGCGACCUUUGACUGAAGUGAAGACUGAGACCCGAACUGAGGAAGCCCCGGAGAAAAAGAAGGAGAAGCCCAAGUCUCUUCGAACCACAGCUCCCAGUCAUGCCAAGUUCCGCUCCACUGGGCUAGAACUGGAGACCCCGUCUUUGGUGCCUGUGAAGAAGAACGCCAGUGCAGUGGUGGUUUCUGACAAGUACAACCUUAAGCCCAUCCCCCUCAAGCGUCAGAGCUCUGCAGCUGCUCCGGGAGAUGCUGCCCCCCCGGCAGAGAAGAAGUACAAGCCACUCAACACAACCCCUAAUGCCACCAAAGAGAUCAAGGUCAAGAUCAUCCCACCACAACCUAUGGAGGGCCUGGGCUUUCUGGAUGCUCUCAAUUCAGCCCCUGUUCCAGGCAUCAAAAUUAAAAAGAAGAAGAAAGUGCUGUCGCCUACAGCUGCCAAGCCAAGCCCAUUUGAAGGGAAAACAAGCACAGAACCAAGCACAGCCAAGCCUUCUUCCCCAGAACCCACCCCCCCCGAGGCUACAGACACAGAUCGUCCGGGAACCCCAGUCCCCCCUGUUGAGGUCCCAGAGCUCAUGGACACAGCCUCUUUGGAGCCCGGAGCUCUGGAUGCAAAGCCGGUGGAGAGUCCCGGAGAUCCUAACCAGCUGACUCGGAAGGGCAGGAAAAGGAAAACUGUGACAUGGCCUGAGGAGGGCAAGCUCAGAGAAUAUUUCUACUUUGAACUGGAUGAAACUGAACGUGUGAAUGUGAACAAGAUCAAGGACUUUGGUGAGGCAGCCAAGCGUGAGAUACUGUCAGACCGACACGCAUUUGAGACAGCCCGGCGUUUGAGCCAUGACAACAUGGAAGAGAAGGUGCCCUGGGUGUGCCCGCGGCCCCUGGUGCUGCCCUCACCUCUUGUCACCCCUGGAAGCAACAGCCAGGAGCGGUAUAUCCAGGCUGAGCGGGAGAAAGGAAUCCUUCAGGAGCUCUUCCUGAACAAGGAAAGUCCUCACGAGCCUGAUCCUGAGCCCUAUGAACCUGUACCUCCGAAACUCAUCCCCCUAGAUGAGGAAUGUUCAAUGGAUGAGACCCCGUAUAUGGAGACCCUAGAGCCUGGGGGCGCUGGUGGCUCACCUGAUGGGGCAGGUGGCUCUAAGUUGCCUCCUGUUCUGGCCAAUCUUAUGGGAAGCAUGGGUGCUGGGAAGAGCCCCCAGGGUCCCGGAGGAGGAGGCAUCAAUGUUCAGGAGAUCCUCACUUCGAUAAUGGGCAGCCCAAAUAGUCACCCCUCAGAGGAACUGCUGAAACAGCCGGACUAUUCGGACAAGAUCAAGCAGAUGCUUGUACCCCAUGGGCUCCUAGGCCCUGGGCCCAUAGCCAAUGGUUUCCCACCCGGAGGCCCUGGGGGUCCCAAGGGCAUGCAGCACUUCCCCCCUGGACCUGGGGGACCUAUGCCAGGUCCCCACGGAGGUCCUGGGGGCCCCGGCGGGCCAGUGGGUCCACGUCUCCUGGGUCCUCCACCCCCUCCCCGGGGAGGUGAUCCCUUCUGGGAUGGCCCAGGUGACCCCAUGCGGGGUGGCCCAAUGCGGGGAGGUCCAGGACCGGGUCCUGGACCAUAUCAUAGAGGACGCGGUGGCCGAGGAGGCAAUGAACCCCCUCCCCCUCCUCCUCCAUUCCGAGGGGCCAGAGGAGGUCGCUCUGGAGGAGGACCCCCAAAUGGACGAGGAGGCCCUGGUGGGGGCAUGGUUGGAGGUGGUGGGCAUCGCCCCCACGAAGGCCCCGGUGGGGGCAUGAGCAGCGGCAGUGGACAUCGUUCCCAUGAAGGCCCUGGCAGUGGCAUGGGCGGCGGGCAUCGCCCCCACGAAGGCCCUGGCGGCAGCAUGGGUGGUGGCGGCGGACAUCGCCCCCACGAAGGCCCUGGCAGUGGCAUGGGCGGUGGCAGUGGACAUCGUCCCCACGAAGGCCCUGGCAGUGGCAUGGGUGGAAGCAGUGGACAUCGCCCCCAUGAAGGCCCUGGUGGGAGCAUGGGUGGAAGUGGUGGACAUCGUCCCCAUGAAGGUCCUGGACAUGGGGGACCCCAUGGCCACCGACCUCACGAUGUCCCUGGUCACCGAGGCCACGACCAUCGAGGGCCACCCCCUCACGAGCACCGUGGCCAUGAUGGCCCUGGCCACGGAGGGGGUCACCGAGGGCACGAUGGAGGCCACAGCCAUGGAGGAGACAUGUCAAACCGCCCUGUUUGCCGACAUUUCAUGAUGAAGGGCAACUGCCGCUAUGAGAACAACUGUGCCUUCUACCACCCGGGUGUCAAUGGGCCCCCCCUGCCCUAGGGACCACCUGCCUGCCCCGCCCACACACGCCCCUGAGGACUGCAGCCUUGCUCCUUCCACCCUGUUAUGGCUUCUGUGAGGCCCACUUUCCCCCUUCCCAGCUGAUGAGGAGCCGGCCCCUCAGUUCCCACCUGCUCGGGUUCCUGGGGGUUCUGAUCACUGGUGUGCACCGAUGUACAUAUUUUCCUCCAGUCUGGGGAGGAGAGAGACUGGACACGUUCUUACCCUGGACUGCUGAAGAGGAGACCCAGUUGGCUUCACUUUUUGAGGAGAUUUGCCCUGUACCCCAAGCCCUUUUCCAGUAUUACCCUUCAUGCCUGAGAACCUAAAGCUGGUUAUCCUGGAGAACACCUCAGCUCUCCCGUUGCGGGUCCUCCACAUGCACACAGAACUCUGACAUGGGAUCAGCUGCACUUAUGAAAUCGUCCCAGCCAAGCUCAUUAUUCCUCAUGGGGUGGGGAAAUGGUGAAGGGGUAUGGCCUAUCCCACUGCACUGAGAGGGCUCGAUCAGGCUGGAUUUGAGUUCUAGAACACUGGUUAUCCCCAUCCCUCUCCGACGCAGGCUUUCCAUUGAGUCCUUUCUCAAGACUGCUGCCUUCUGUCAACACCCAAGUUGGCAUCAGGGGUCGCUGGGUUCAAAGAUGGCAAACUCGUCUGCACCUGGUGACAGUUUUAGCUGAUGUGGGUGAGGCCUGUGGUGUUGGUCCAUCCUUGCCUUCACCUCAUUCUGGAAACUUGUAAAAACACUUCAGUGAAACCAGCUUCCCAUCAACUUCAGCCCGGCACGCUGGGCCCACUGGGCCUGCUAGCCACACUACACGCUCUGUCUUUGGCAGAGUGCCUCCUUCCCCUUCUGUGACCUGACAGUGUGAGGCCUCCAGGUGCCUUCCUGGGUGGAUUCAAUGAGAUGACCUGCCCUCCCCAGCCUCCCCUUUACCUGUCUCGGCAUCAGUUGUUUUCUAUGAAAACAGUGCAUUGGUUGGGUUUUGUGCAGGGUCUUGGGUUAAAGCCACAAUGGAUUCAAGGAUGAUUAUAUUCUUUUUUCUUUCGGUUUUGUAUAUUUUGUACAUUAAUAAUAAACAAUGGAAAGAGAAGCAGCUUAUUUAACUCCUGGUGUGUUUGGACUCUGUUUAAAAAAAAACCAAGUUACAUUAAUAGAUAUUUUUGUAGAAUGUUUUUCAAACCUUUGGCGCUAACAUCUCUCAGUGCUGGGAUGAAGUGAAAUACUAGUGAAGGGAUGCUUUGGGUGACAGAACGUUAAAGGACACUGAGGAUCCCACGAUCACCGGCCUUGGAGCAAGCGGUAGGACCUGGGGAGGCGGAGCCACAGGCGCAUUGCACUAGGGAAGGGGUUUGGGGGAAGGAAGCCUUAUCUAGGAAGAGCCGUUCCAGUGGAAAAGCAGCAAUGGGAAAAAAGAAGGCUCUAC